CAUCCACGCAUCUGUCUGUCUGUCUUCUCUCUGUAUAUAUAUAUAUAUGUAUAUAUAAUAUAAUUUUGGGAAUACAUCAAAAUAAUGCAGCUCUAGACCCUUUCAGAGAACCCCUUCAACGUUGCUAUACCUCUUAUCACAUGGCCUCAGCUGACCAAUGAAAAUCCAAUAUUUCCACUUCCUGAGUCCUAAUCAUUUAUUCAUUAGAAGUAGGUCACAUUCUGCAAAGUGUCCAUCUACCAAAUUCCACCCGCAAGAAUAUCAGAUGGCAUUGGCAUUAAAGAAUUUUGUCCUUGAGAUGUAUCCUCAAUAUUUACCACCUUUUAAAGACUGUAGGAAGAUGUUAUACUUUCUGUGAAUUGAGAUUAGUAACAACAUUUCUGUACUCCACUCUAUGGAAUGUGAACAAGAUGGCUUUGGAUCCUACUUAACCACGAACAAAUUUAUAAAAGACUUUCCAGCCACUUCAGAAAUUAAUAAAAAUAAGAGUUGAUGAAAAAAUUUUCCAUAGAAAUAUUUAAAAAUAAAAUUAAAAAGAUAAAAUAUAUAUAUUAUGGUGAUAAAAACAAAGUUAUGGAGAAUGAAUUCUGUGAGAACACGAUUAAGUGUAAAACAGAGCCUAAAGUGGUUGAUUUUUCUGAUGACAUACUGAAAGAGAUAGGAAAGACAUCUUAUCAUUGCAAUACCUGUAAAAGGUCAUUCUCUCAUAAAGGUCACUUCACUAUUCAUAAACGCAUUCAUACAGGAGAAAAACCAUUCAACUGUGAUACUUGUGGUAAAUCAUUUGCUGUAAGUAGUACCUUAACUAGACACAAACGUAUUCAUACAGGAGAGAAACCGUAUCACUGUGAUAUCUGUGGUAAAUCGUUCACUGUAUCUUGUCACUUAAGUAAUCAUAAAUAUGUUCAUACAAGAGAGAAACCAUUUCACUGUGAUAUCUGUGGUAAAUCAUUCUCUUUAAGGAGUCACUUAACGAGUCACAAAUAUAGUCAUACAGGAGAGAGAUCAUAUCACUGUGAUAUCUGUGGUAAAUCAUUCUCACUAAAAGGUCAUUUAACUUCUCAUAAACGUAUUCAUACAGGAGAGAAGCCAUUCCACUGUGAUGUCUGCAGUAAAGCAUUCUCCGAAAGAAGUACAUUAACUAACCACAGACGCAUUCAUACAGGUGAAAAGCCUUACUGCUGUGUUAUCUGUGGUAAAUCAUUCUCUCAUGGACGUACGUUAACCAACCAUGAACAUAUUCAUACAGGAGGCAAACCAUAUCAUUGUGAUAUCUGUGGUAAUUCAUUCUCUCAAACUGGUAAUUUAACUAGACACAAACGCAUUCAUACAGGAGAGAAACCCUAUCGCUGUGAUAUCUGUGGUAAAUCCUUCUCUAAAUCUUCUAGCAUAACUACUCACAGACGUACUCAUACAGGGGAAAAACCAUAUCACUGCGAUAUCUGUGGGAAAACAUUCUCUGAAACUGGUCAUUUAAAAAGACACAAACGCAUUCAUACAGGAGAGAAGCCAUAUCACUGUGAUGUCUGUGGGAAAACAUUCUCUCAAACCAGUCAUUUGACUAUACACAAGCGUUUUCAUACUGGAGACAAACCCUAUCACUGCGAUAUCUGUGGUAAAUCAUUCUCUCAGAAGAGUCACUUAACUACUCACAAACGUUUCCAUACAGGAGAUAAACCUUAUUGCUGUGAUAUCUGUGGUACAUCAUUCUCUCAGACAAGUCACUUGACUAUUCACAAACGUAUUCAUACAGGCGAGAAGCCAUAUCACUGUGAUAUCUGUGGCAAAUCAUUCUCACAAAAUAGUGACAUAUCUAAACAUAAAUACAUUCAUACAGGAGAGAAGCCCUAUUGCUGUGAUACUUGUGGUAAACCAUUCUCCACCAGUAGUGAUUUAACCAAACAUAAACGUGUUCAUUCAGGAGAGAAACCGUAUCACUGUGACAUCUGCGGCAAAUCGUUCUCUGUAGGCAGCACAUUGGUCACUCAUAAACGCAUUCAUACAGGAGAGAAGCAACAUCACUGCGAUAUCUGUGGCAAAUCAUUUUCAGGAAGUAGCGAAUUAACUACACAUAUACGCAUUCAUACAGGAGAGAAGCCAUAUUGCUGUGAUAUCUGUGGCAAAUCCUUCUCCAGAAGUGGUGACUUAACUACACACAUACGUAUUCAUACAGGAGAGAAGCCAUAUCACUGUCGUACCUGUGAUAAGUCAUUCUCACAGACAGGUUGCUUAACUCGACACAAGUGUGUUCAUACAGAUGAAACAACAUAUAACUGAUCAUCCGCAUCAUUUAAUGUCCAUUUUCUAUGCUGGCAUUGGUUGGACAGUUUGAUAGCAGCUGUAAGGCCAGGGGGCUACAGCAGAUUCUGUUGUCUGCUCUAGCAUGAUUUCUGCUGCUAACUGCCCUUCCUAAUGCCAACCACUUUACAGAGUGUCCUGGGUGCUUUUUAUCGGGCAUCAGCACAAAUGCUUUUUUCAUUUACAUAGCACCAUCAACAGGGAUUCUUUUUAUGUGGCACCAGCACUGACAGAGUCACCGAGUAACUUGCAAAACAAGCUGAUAUCUGUGAUAAAUCAUUCUUCCUUCAAAAAUCACAUAAUUACAUAUGUGUGUGUCAGUGUGGCCUCAAAUUUGAACAAAUUUAUAGUUUCUAAAUCAUCAUCAUUAAUAUUUUAAAUGUCCAUCAUGUUUGUUGUUAUGAGUUGGGCAUGUCUCUUAUACAAGCCAUCGCUGUAUUUUCUCAGUUGGUUGUCAUUUCAGCAUUGAGGCACAGAAUCUUAAAUUCUGACUUUGUCGUCCUUUGUGAAUAACUAGAAAUCUGAAGCUGGUUUACUCCUGAAUUAUUUUCUCUAAUUUCUUUUCCUGUUACAUGCAACUAAAAUUUUAUUGUAUCUUGGGACGGUCAUUAUGCCAGUUAUAAACACACUGGUCCAAUUUCACUUCUUUUAUUAUUAUUAGUCAAUUCAUUAACAUUUAACCAAUUAGCUAAUCAAUUGUUUGAUUAAUCAUUUAGUCAACCAAUCAAUAGACUAAAUUUGUUAAAGCAAUUAUUCAAAA